GGGAGAGUUUUCUGUCAACCUCUGUGCUCGCUGCUGCUGCUCUCGAGGAGACUUGAGCAGGGCUAUCUGUUUCCAUCUCUGCUGUACUUCAGCAGGCCAGACCGUACACCAUGAAGGGCACAGGGGCAAAGUAGAAGAUGUCUUCAGAUGCUUUUGGGUCUGGAACCACAGAUGCCCAGCAAACCUUGCAGUCCUUCUGGCCUCGUGUCAUGGAGGAGAUCAGGAACCUGACCAUGAAGGAUUUCCGUGUGCAGGAACUGCCUCUGGCUCGAAUCAAGAAAAUCAUGAAGUUGGAUGAGGAUGUCAAGAUGAUCAGCGCCGAAGCUCCAGUCCUGUUUGCCAAAGCUGCUCAGAUCUUUAUCACAGAGCUCACUCUCAGAGCCUGGAUUCACACGGAGGACAACAAGAGACGUACACUACAGAGGAAUGACAUCGCCAUGGCGAUAACAAAGUUCGACCAGUUUGACUUUCUGAUCGACAUCGUGCCUCGGGACGACUUAAAGCCCCCCAAACGACAGGAGGAGAUGCGUCAGUCAGUAGCUCCUGCAGAGCCGGUGCAGUACUACUUCACCUUGGCCCAACAGCCUGGAGCCGUACAGGUGCAAGGUGCACAGCAGGGUCAGCAGCCUGUCACACAGACUGCCACGACCAUCCAGCCUGGACAGAUCAUCAUCACGCAGCCACAGCAAGGACAGAUGUUGCAAGGUGCCACCAUGCAGCAGUUACAGCAAGUGCAAGUGCAAUCACAAGGCACACCCAUCACGAGUGCGCCUGUCGCCAUGCAGGUGGGUGAGGGCCAGCAAGUGCAGAUUGUCCAGGCUGCAGCAGCCCAGGGUCAACAGACCGCACAAGCCCAAGGCCAGACCAUGCAGGUCAUGCAGCAGAUCAUCACCAACACGGGAGAGAUUCAGCAGAUCCCGGUGCAGCUGAACACAGGCCAGCUACAAUACAUCCGACUAGCUCAGCCGGUCUCUGGAGCUCAAGUGGUCCAGGGACAGAUUCAGACUCUUGCAAACGCUCAGCAGAUCACACAGACCGAGGUGCAGCAAGGACAGCAGCAGUUCAACCAGUUUACAGAUGGACAGCAGUUGUAUCAGAUACAACAGGUGACGAUGCCAGCGGGACAGGAACUGACCCAACCAAUGUUUAUCCAAUCCACCAACCAGACUACUGAUGCACAGGUCACUCAGGUCAGCACCGACUGAGCCCGACCAGGAGCCGGCACACAUACAACACGUACACCAGCCAACGUGAUGCCAACAGAUGCCGUCAACAAGGGAUGCUUGAUAUCUGAGCGCCGCUCGUUAAAAUGAGGGACCUGAAAUCCUGCAACACUCAUAUUUUGUAAUAAUUGUAGUACAUUGAAUAAAGAAACCAAAGGGACUCCAUUAGACUCUUGCUCAAUCUAAAAUGAAACUGCAUCCACUCUUCCAUCUAGUUUACUUUUUAUAUUUUUGUUACAUCUUAGAAUAAAACACACUUCCACAUGUGGCAUAAAUUUAGCCACAUUUAACUACAAGUAUUUUUUUUAAGUCCCUCUGUGGCCCCCCCAACAGUCAGCCCAGAUCUUUGUAACCAUAUGAAAUGUGCACGAAUGCUCCGUGAUGAACUUCCUAUUAAAAAGGUGUAGCUGAUCCAGAAAUGGUGUGGACAGAAACACAGAAGCCCUAAAUUUAUUCUUCGCUUCAUGACACGCUCCGUCUUCAAAGAUCUAAGAAUGAUAGGAAAGCAAUGCUGUAUUCAAGGCACCUUAAUUUCUGCUCCUUAUUUUGGAGGUGGAGGAAAAAAAUGGGGAAAAAGUGUGUUUGUUCAUAUCUUUGGUUGGAAAUACCUUUGUUUUCUUCUUGCAACAAAUGUAUCAUACCUUCUUCGUUGUUUAUCAAGUAGUUGUUGGAAAAAAAUAAAGCCAUAUACCUCAGAUAAGGUUUGAUGAAUAAGUUUCAUGUACUUUUCUUUGUUGUGAUGUUUCCUAAAUUCUUAUUGAAGCAUGAUUUUGUAUUGUAAGGGCUUCAAAUGGAUUCCAAUGAAUAGGCUAGCUGUAUUCAAAUGUGUGUGUGUGUGUGUGUAUAUGUGCGUGUGCGCGCUUGUGAUUUAAACAAUUAAACUUGUCUUAACGCUUCCGUUCUUCUAGUCACCCUGUCUGUAGAGCAGAAAACUUCCCCUCUGCCUGGGAGCUUUCAGAUCUUGUGCCCUGGUUUACGUCUCGUGAACAAACCCAGGACUCCAGAAACCCAUUUUUAAAUAUUUUCUGUUUUGCAAUAUUUGGCCUCAACUUUUCCAUUUGUUCUUUUUUUUUUUAACAAUGAAGAUUUUCAGUGUUUUUCGUAUUGUUGAUUUGGCAUGUAGUUGACAGCAUGACUUGCAAUAGAUAGGUACCGUUGUAAUUUCAAUGUUCCUUUUUGUAAACCAAUUCUGUU